AUGUCACAACUUCAACCUGUUCGUACUCCAGCGGAAGGCUGGACAAUUCCAAGUGAACUAUUACCACAGUUAGCUGACCCUCAUUUCUGUGAUUCCAAACAAAUCGACUUAUUGAUUGGAGGUGGUGCAUUCUUUGACAUAUUGCAGCCAAGUCGUAUACAGCUGGAUGUGAAGAUGUUAUAUUUGCAGGACAGCAAGUUGGGUUGGAUAGUCACCGGUGAGUUGAGCCACACAUGUCUGCUAAGUGUUGGCAGAUCGUUGGAAGAAGAAUCUAAGGCAAUUCUCGGCCACGAGGAUGUUUUGUACGACAAACAAUCAAAGGCAAACCAGUGUUCUAUCGAAGAAAACCAUGCGCUCGAACAUUUUCAGUCCACAUUCAGACGAAAUGAGGAAGGUCGUUUCGUUCUGCAAUUACCCGUCAAAACAGACCUAACUAAUUUAGGUCAGAGUGUCAACUCAGCUACAUCUAGGUUUCUCAGUGUGGAGAGAAAACUACAGCAAGAUGCAGACUUGCGAAUUGAGUACACGAAGUUCAUGAAGGAUUAUCUGGAGAUGGGUCACAUGCAAGAAGUUGUGAAGGAAUCGAAUAUUCCUAAGCGAUCAUGCUACUUACCACAUCAUGCAGUAUUCAAGAGCUCAAGUUUAACAACUAAAAUUCGAAUCGUUUUUGACGCCUCAGCGAGAACUUCUUCAGGGUUGUCACUCAACGACGUAUUGAUGCGAGGCCCAAAGACACAGGAGGAUAUAUUCUCAAUUCUUACGCGUUUUAGAAAAUAUCAAUAUGUAAUUUCGUCUGACAUUGAGAAGAUGUUCCGACAAGUAGCUGUGGCAGAACAAGACUGGGAUCUCCAACGGAUUUUCUGGCGAAAUAAUCCUAGUGAAGCUCUGCGGACCUAUCGAUUGGUCACCGUAACUUAUGGUACAAAACCAGCCUCCUUCAUGACAACGCAGUGUUUGGUAACGUUGGCACAACAAGCGUACGAACAUUUUCCCAGAGCUGCGGACGCGAUAACGAAGGAUUUUUAUAUGGAUGAUCUGAUGACGGGAGGUGAAACCGAAGCUGAAUGUAUUCAAUUGUAUCAAGAGAUAACGUCAAUUCUAGCCUCUGCAAAAUUACCUCUAAGAAAAUGGUGUUCGAAUUCCUCUUACGUCUUGGGACAUAUUGGUAAAAAUGUCAGGGACCCCUUAUUCACCUUGGAAUUAGGAGAUGAAGAAAUGGUCAAGUCUCUCGGCUUAUGUUGGAACCCAGUACUUGAUGAGUUCAGGUUCAAUGUCAUACCAACUCCAGUACGAUCAAAAUUGACCAAAAGAACACUGCUAUCCGAUUUGAACAAGGUGUUUGACCCCAUAGGUUUUAUAUCCCCAAUACUCGUAAAGGGAAAGAUAUUUUUACAGCAGGUGUGGGCUUUGAAAAUUGAUUGGGAUAGUCCCUUGUCUUCAGACAUUCAUGAUCGAUGGAUGUCAUUCCAUAAGGAUUUAGAGAAACUGCAAAAUGUAUCCAUCCCAAGAAAGGUUCUACCCAAACCAAAUGAAUUCCAAAUACACGGGUUCUGUGAUGCGUCGCAAGAAGCCUAUGGGGCUUGCAUAUAUGUACGAUCGCGCUGUUCCGAAAAUACGUGGCAGGUUCGACUGCUGUGUGCUAGGAGUCGUGUAGCACCAAUAAAGGGUUCAACAAUUCCUCGUCUUGAACUGAAUGGUGCCUUGGUAUUAGCACAAUUACUCCAAAAGCUAACGGAUGCUUGGGAAAUUGAUCGUCAUAAGUGUCAUUUGUGGACAGACUCCACUGUAGUUCUUAGUUGGUUAAAUGCACAAUCUAAUCGAUUAAAGGUGUACGUCAGUAAUCGCGUUAAUCAGAUCUUAGAGCUUACAAAUGCAUCGCAAUGGAAUUAUGUAAGAACAGAUAAGAACCCUGCUGAUAUGAUAUCUCGAGGUACUAACGUAACGGAGAUAAGUGCUUCUAAACUUUGGUGGAACGGACCUGAUUGGUUAGGCAUAUCAGACGAGUUGUGGGAAAAGGUCCCAAGAAACAUAUUGAAGAAAGAAGAAAUACCUGAGCAACGCACAAUACAAUUUGCAUUAGUUGGAGUUCAAUCUAAUCAAGAGUUGGUUCAACAUUACUCCUCCUGGUCACGACUGCAGAAAGCAACAGCUUGGUUAAAAAGAUUUGUAGAAUAUUGCACUAAUUGCACUAGAUGUUGUAAAUAA